AUGCCGUUCUACGGCGUGAAAUCGUGGGCCUACCGGCGCCAGCUCCGCGAGGAGGUGUCCCUCCACGCCACAGGUGACCUUAUUGUCAAGCUAUUUGGGGAGGGUGUGGAUGUCCCCGUGCAGCCUCUUCCCAAGUUGGGAGAACAUGGCGCCCUCGUCUUUCCCAAGGAGGAUGAAGUCUGCACCGACCUGGCGAGGCAGUCAGGCAUGAUAACCCGGAUGGAGCUAGGGGGGUACAUUGUGUGUGCGGCUGUCAUGGGCCUGGCACGUUCGCUGGGCAUUUCGGAGGAUCAACUGCUGAGUGGAGCGGCACACGAGCUUCAGGCACACGACACGCCUCUGCUGGCUCUGUCCACGUCCAAACGUGGAGCACGCCGCAUCUAUGCGGACGCUCGGCAUGACCAUCCACUCGGCUCCCUUGAGCCGACACCAGCAGAGGUCAAGCCCGUGACGGGGGAGCAGGAGCUCCCAACCGCUCCCGUGACACCGGCAGCACCGCCGACGGUCUCGCGCUCUGCCAGGUAUCGCACGCGUCAGGGGACUAGGACUGCAGCACGGGCCGUGCGUCAGACCAGCAUGCCUGCCGCGUACGGUGGUCGGCCUGCAUCCAGUCGCUGGACAGGGGUGAGUUGGUGCCCACGGGGCCGAAAGUGGGGGGUUAAGAUGGUGUGCGGCCCAGGCACUGGUCAGCAGAUCAGGCUGGGUGCGUAUAAUGUGGAGCUCGAUGCGGCGUAUGCGUAUGCCGUGGCGGCAUUUGUGAUCAGGCGUAAUGACCACAUCCAGCACACGAAGGAGCUGUCGGACGCGGAGAAGGCAUCCCUGAUCGGGUGUGUUCGCGACGACGUGCGUCAUCUGGUCAAGGCACGGAUGUGGUGGAGGUGGCGUCAGUGGAGGACAGCAAUGGCAGAGCUGGGCAUUGCUCCUAGUACUCCCUUCCCCCUCGAAAACAAUGGCGCUCGGUCGCCGGACAACAGCAGUGGUGAUGACGACGUGGAAGGCAGGAUGGUCCAUGAUGUGGAGGCGGUGGACGAGUAG